UUGUCUUAGAAAUCAGCCCAGUAAUGGAUUUCUUUGCAAAGUCCUUUAACGGUAUGCGAUAAUUAACUCAUCCUCAAGCAAAAGUCAUGCACAUAUUUAAGCUAUGAAGAAGCAAUGACUACACGUUCCUUUUGAGGAGCUUGAUGGGUGCUGAUUGCUGAAGAAAAUAAAUGGUGACAUGAUUAAGCUUCUUUUGGUGCUAAAGAGAAUGUAAUGGCCAUAUUAUCUGAAAUAUAUAGAUCCUGGAUUAGAAGAGCUGAUAUAGCAGCUGCUGCAAAGAUAGAUCGAGGAUUGUUGCUACAUUGUUCUUGUUUUGAAGGAAAGGUAUCACUAAACGAGAGUAAGAUUCAUAACAUUGUCGGCAGAUUUCCUCAAAUUUUCCUUAAACUAACACAUCUCACAACUAGUCACAAGUCACGAUAGUCUAACAAGGUUUCAUUCAACUGGAUUAACAUGAUCCUUUAUACUUGCUAGAUUAGCUACGCCCAAUCCUGAUUACCACCUUAUAUGUGCUACUUUUGAGUCUUGAAGCAAGCAAUCCUUUACUAUAGUAAUGCUGCAGAAAUAUUAUACAUGGAUGUGAUAAUUACCUAAUUCAUGUACAAGUCUCAUCGGACUACUCUGCAAUUUUGAGUUCAGGAAUAAGCUGAUUUCAGAUAAACCAAGUAAAAUUUGCUUCUUGAGCUUCUGUUCUCUGCAUAUUAUGCAGACAGCAGAAAGAAGAUGUUGAUGUAAUACAUAAUCAUGAAGUGAAAGGUCACAAAUUUGUAAUCUUAUUUCUGUCUGAGCCGAAUUUUGUACAUGUUAAUUGCCUCCUCGAUUAAACUAUCGAGCCUUCCGACCAGCUAAUUAGGCUUGCUAUGACUUUUAUUUUAAACAUAUCAACAAAAUGAGACCUUUCUCGUGGCCCUAUUCAGAAAGGGGUUUAACCUUGUUAUCCUUUCUAAUUUGGUUUCCAUGGAACUGGUCUUUCUUGUCUGAUUAAUACCCUCUAAUUAUGUAAGCUCCUUUCAACUCCAGUAUACCUUAAAUAAAUUUAGACGUUAUUUCUAGAUGUUUGGAGCACUAAUAUUAAAAUUCAGAUAUUGGUGUGAGCAUAUGAAUUGAUAAGACACGUACAUGUUCGGACAUUCUUUGUGAAUACUGCAGUAACUUCAUCUUGUGCAGUGGUCCUUUGUCUGCCUCUGCUUGAUGAUUGAUGAACGGAAAUUGGUUAUCUGCAGACUACUCAUCUCUUCAUUGAUCUUAUAUCUUAACUUUAAUCUCUUAUCGGUUAACCACCUAAAAGAUCUGGAUCAUUGUUUCAUAUUGUGAUUUGCAAAAUAAAUGGUGGUUUGUCUUUUGAUUGUUGAUGAUCUAACUUUACUUGAAAUGAUACCAUGUAUUCAUCCAGGUAAUUGCAGUCGCAGUUAGUCCCUUGAUCACCUAACUUCAGUUUAUGAACAGACGGAAAUGGCAUCUUUAGUCCACCUGCCAUCUGCAACAUCAGCAGUGACUUCGCGACAUGCACGUCAUAAACAGCUGCAAUUGUUGAAAAUCCAAAGAGUGCCAAAUGGAAUGACCUUUCCUUGUAAUAGCCGUAAGUCGUUCACUAUUUGCUGUUCAAAUCAGUCUCCAUGGGAACCUGCACCUGUCACCUAUGUUCCUAGUGAUAAUAUUGAAGAUAAAUUUUUGGAAGGGACAACCAAUAUAUUUGAAACCAUGUCGUCCAGCAAACCAGCUGAAUCUUCAUUAACUGAGGCUGAAGGCCUCACUGAUGUAAAGAAUCAGCCACCUUUGCAGCUCCAAUACCUCCAAUGGCCUGUGUGGGUUCUUGGCCCUGCCUUUCUCUUAGCCACUGGGAUGGUGCCAACUUUGUGGCUGCCUAUUUCAUCAGUUUUCAUUGGUCCCAACAUAGCCAGCCUUCUUUCCUUGACUGGACUUGAUUGUAUUUACAAUCUUGGAGCAAACCUAUUUCUCCUGUUAGCCGAUUCUUGUGCUCGAUCACCAGACACCAGUGAAGGUUCCAGCAGCAAGCCGCCUUUUAGUUAUCAGUUAUGGAACAUGGUCGCAAACAUUAUGGGUUUAGUCAUUCCCUUGACAGUACUUUUUGGUUCUCAUAACAGUUUCCUUCAGCCUCAACUUCCUUUCAUUUCUUAUGCUGUGCUCUUGGGUCCCUAUCUCUUGCUUCUAUGCAUACAGAUACUCACAGAGAUGCUGACGUGGCAUUGGAAGUCACCAGUAUGGUUGGUGACACCGGUAGUUUAUGAAGCUUAUCGUGUGUUGCAAUUGAUGAGGGGGUUAAAGCUCAGUGCAGAACUCGCUGCACCAUCAUGGAUGCUGCAUACAAUUCGGGGGCUAGUCUGCUGGUGGGUACUCAUUCUUGGCAUGCAGCUCAUGAGAGUCGCUUGGUAUGCUGGUUUCACUGCUCGGGCUCAUCAGAAACAGAUGCAUGCCCUUCCCGAUGUUGGUUAGGUCCAAAUGAUGCAACUUUCCUUUUUUGGUUUACAGAACGAAAAGGUGGUUGUAUAUGGAAUUGAAUUAUAGGCUCCCCCCCCCCCCCACCACCACCACACACACCAUUUCUUCCCGUUUCUUGUUACCGUUGUGCCUAAGGAGUUGGCCUUGAGAGUAACUACUAAGAUGUAUGUUACCAGAAAACGAACCAAAAAACGUAUACAUCCUGAUAUUUGUUUAGUUAAAUAUGCUUGCAGUUUCUCUCUAAAAUAUAUCUCUCAGUGCAUCA